GAGCGUUCCCGUUGCUAUGGGCUGCCGGGGCGCUGGCGGCGGGCGCGGAGGGAUUCGGCCGCUCUUCUUCCCGCCUCGUCCCCUCGGGUCCGGACGGCCGCCGCUGGGUGCCUGCCCUGCGGACAGGGAGCCGAGUCGCUGUCUCGAGGGGGUUUCUUCCUCUUCCGAGCAGCUGGAGCAAUGCGUACUGCAGAUAGCUCAGAGACCAUUCCCCAAGCUACGAGUUCACCACCUGCAGCAGAGCUCAGUCAGCAAAAGCUGUGCCAGAGGUACCCCACAGCACCAGCAAGGAGCAACACAGCAAAUACGUUUGACUGCAGUAGAUUCUUUGGGAAGACAAAUACUAGCAGAUUCUGGCUGACGCAGAAGGACUUCUAUCACGUGAAGGCAGCUCCUGAUGAAAGCACAGACAUCAUCACUUCUGCUCAGUCCAUCUUAGACAGAGAAAAUUACUUCGUGAAGGAGGUGGACAGGUAUUUGAGGCACCAUGAUUUCUUAAAUCUGAGAAAGAAGGAGAUCCUAUACAAGAAAUGGCUUGAGGAUGUUUCAGAGCCACUGCUGUGGAAAAUUGAGGACAAAAUGGAUAGCCAGUCGAGGGAGGAAAUACAGAAGAGGAGGGAAGAACAACUUUCUCUCUAUUUAAACUACUGUAAAAAGAAGGGCUAUGUGGCUUUGGAAGCUUAUGACCCAUCAGAAUAUGACCCAUUGUUCCUGAAGACAUGCACAGACUGCUGGAAGGUUUCAAUACCAGCUUUACAGGAUCCUCUGUUAAAAACUGUUCAGAAAAAGUUUAUUGAGACAAGCAUCAUCAAGCAGUGCGAGACAGGAAGACCAUGCUCUACCAGAGAGCUGCAGAAACUGCCCCUGCUUCCCCUGGGCCGGCAGCACAUGGAUGCGAUUGAGUGGCUGAAGGUUCCAUACACCUACAUUGCUAGUGAGCUCCACCGAACGAGGAGGCUGAGAGUUGUGGACCACCACAAAGACAGUGAGAACAGAUGAUGUCACCUCUCCUCCAGCUUACUGCAAGCACAGCCAUCAGAAGGUACUGUCUGCAAAACAUACGUUAGGUCUUCUGCCAAAGCAAGUGACAGUGGGCCAAGUCUUCUGGAGAACUGCAAUAAACUCAUUGUCUUAAAGUA